AUGCCUUCCCAGCAGAAGAUCGACGAAGUCUUGGCCACCAAGCCCGUCACCUUUUCCCUCAAGACGACUGGCGGACGAUGGAAUGAGCGCACACGCUCUGCAACCUCAUCACCUGCACCCGGAGUUGGCCGCACCGACUCGGCUACCUCGUCUUCGUCCUCCUCCUCCGCCGGAUCCACCUCGUCGUCCCACUAG